UCUGCUUGUGCUUAGCAUAACAUAUAUCAGACUAAAUCAAUGAUUCAAAUAUUAUUUGCUGAGAAAACCAAAAUUUGCCAGAAAACCAAAAUUUGCCAGAAAUGGACAUUUGGCAAUCCGUGAUUCCAUUGCAACCUAAAAGCUACAACGCAUACGGACGUAUUAUGUUGAUAUCAAUUUCCGUGCUUGCCGCCAUCGUAAUAGCAUUUGCUACAAACCUUAACGAAAAGGAAAGCUUUCGUUGUAAUCCUAACAAAACCAUAGCUUCAGAUUUGAAUGCGAAGAACUUUGUUACGACAAACUGCUAUAUGAAAUACGAAAAGAUAUACCAUCGAUCAAUGUCUGUUGCCACAUUCGUCGUUGUGAAUUUUGGACUUAUGUUUUUAUUCUCUGUCGCUUAUGUAAGCUUAUCAAAUUCGAUUGUGGAAAAAUUUGAAAGUGAAUCUAGCAGAAGCAUUGAAGACUUCGGUCAAGAAUCGUUAAAGAAGGAAAAGCGAUUGUAUGUAUUUCCUUUCUAUAUACUGCAUUUACUUAUUGGUCGAAUUUUUCCAAUAUUUCUCUUCCUUCUUGUUCUGCACUCCGCAAAUUUUCCAAUAAAGUUUCAGUGCUCAUAUCCAGUUGAACUAAACAUUGCUGAAAACAAAACCAAUCAGGGAAAUUUGGCAGAAUCCAAAAAAGAAAAAGUUUUAUCAAAUUCAACAGUUCAUUGUGUAAAUCCAUUAGGAGAAAAGUUUGAAACACUUGCGACUUCAGUCCUUUGGGCAGAUUGCGUUAUUGGUUUUGCUGCAUUGAUCGAAGUUGUAUAUUUACUUCGGUGUUACUACAAGAUGGGCAGUGAUUUUGCAAGCGAUCUAGAGUUCUGCUCUGUAUAUUUGCUUGAAAAAAGAAAUUUGACGAUUCGUCAAAUAAUCAAACAGCUACGGAAGACACUCAAAGUUGACAAACAGUUUUUGAAUAUUAAUUUGGGAUUAGAUCAAAAUGGACAAACAUUAGAAAACUUGCAUUUCCGGUUUCUUCAGGUUAAUGAAAUCAAAAGCAAGUACUCACAAAGACAUGAAAUUUACAACGUACACCUUAAUCGAGAUCAACCUUUCCUAAAGUCACCACUAGUUCACCUUUUCCCAUUAGAUCAAAUUGAGAUUGUUGUUGAUGACAACAGCAACUCUGCAAAUAAAAAAACUGAGGAGCCAGUCUUGCUUAACUUAAGCGGCAAGAUCAUGGUCGUUGGUCGUCCUGGAAUAGGCAAGACUAUUUUUGUUAAAUCUGUUCUUUACAGAUGGGCGCAAGAUAAAUUCAUAGAAAAUAAAGUGGUAAUUUUUCUCAAAUUUCGAAUGUUCCGAAGAAAUAAGGCAACCACAUUUAAGAAAAUGUUAAGCCACGGAGAUGGAAUAGAGCCAGGAAGAAAUUUCGACGAAUUGUACAAAUUUGUCUUAGCAAACCCCGAAAAAAUUCUCAUAAUUUUUGAUGGCAUUGAUGAUAUCAAAGUAGAUAAUGUUCAAUGUUCGGAAGAGUUAGAUAACGACACAAAGGACUACGAGGAUCCAAUGCCAAUGUUUUCAAUUUACAUAAAGUUACUAAAAAACGAAUUUCUUCCUGGUGCUACAAUUUUAACAACGUCGAGAUAUUCUCAUCAAACUGAUAACAUAUGUUAUGCUUUUAAGAUACGGUUUGAUACGUGUUUGGAAGUCUUAGGUUUUUCCAAGAUCGAAAUUAGAUGCUAUAUCCAAAGAUUCUGCAAACAAGACCUUGCUAGUGAUCAAAUUUGGGAAAUAAUCCAAAAUAGUCCAGAGUUUUUAAGUUUAUGUUACGUGCCUGCAAUUUGUGUGCUUGUUUGUUCAACUUUGAAAGAAUGCCUUGAAUGUGGAAAGAAGGAAACAAUUCAAUAUCGGGCUAAGUAUUUUCCAAAGACUAUCACUGAAUUGUAUCAACGAGCCAUACGAGUUAUUAUAUGGGAUAAACUAAAUUACAAAAGAUCAUUUGGAGGAAUGUUUUCUAGAGACUACCUGACUUCCAGUAUACCACAAUCGCCUGAAAAUUUAAUGAAGACUUUAAAAAAAUUAGCAAAAUUGAAGUUGGAGUCAGAGGAAGCAAGCUUUCAACUGGAAUUUAGUGAUUUUUCUCAAAAGAUCGUAAGCUGUGGUUUACUUGUGUCUCUACCUGAGCAGUAUUAUCGUUUUCUUCAUGUCACAAUACAGGAAUUUCUUGCAGCCAUGCAAAUUGUUGAUGAGAUAAAGAAUACAAUGGACGUAAGGCUGUUUAUUAGCUCUUUGUCAAGUUACAAGGACAAACCAAGGUGGCACUUGGUGCUCCAGUUUGCUACUGGUUUACUUGCUGAAAAGAUUAGAAAGAAUGAAAUAGAUGUGCCUUUUGAAACCAUUCGCCCAAGCCUUGUGCGUUUGAUACAACCUUUGAUGAACUCAAACAACACAAAUGAAAUACAUCAAAGAAGAUUUGCCUUGUUUCUCAUCAAGUGUCUCCACGAAAUGCAAGAUUUCAACAAUAUUAGGCAAUGUGCUAAUAAAGUCGAUGGAAAAGGAAACUUAUCAUGUGAUUUAGGGCAUUUAAGUAUUCUUCCAGUCGACACGAUGUCGUUGUUCCAAUUUCUUAUCAAUGUUAGAAAUUUAACACACCUUAAUCUUACCAGAAAUGAAAUUUCCGAUAUUGGUUGCACAGCAUUAGUAAAUUUACUUAAUAAAUGCAUGAAUCUGAAAACUUUAAAUUUGACUGCAAACUUCAUAAGUGAUGAUGGAAUUGCAAUCAUUAGCAAUACACUUAAUGAUAGGAAUCGAUCUUUAUCUAAAUUGUGUCUUGAUAUAAACUCAAUUACAGAAGAAGGUGCAACAGCUCUGUGCAAUGCAAUGACUAAGGAGAAAUUAAAACUUACUAAUCUAAGUCUACGGACCAACAGACUCGGAUGCCAAGGAGUACAGAACCUUUACGAUGCAUUAACACAUCCUUGUUGCAGGCUCACAAGUCUAAAUUUGCAAAGCAAUAAAAUUGGCCACGGAGGAGUCAAUUCUCUCUGCGAGGCCAUUCAAAAUCGUUACUGUCGAGUCAAUGACCUAUUUCUUGGUAGAAAUGAAUUGGAAAAAGUUGAUAUCGAAAAUAUCAGUAAAGUUCUCAAGACAAAAAACAAUCUAUUAACGAAAUUACAUCUUCAAGCAAAUAAAUUAAAUUCGAGUGACAUAGUGCCUCUUUGUGAAGCACUGAAAACGAACAGCUGCAAAUUGACCGAUCUUGAUCUUUCUGGUAACGAGUUAAAAGAAGAUGGUGCAAAAUACUUAAGAGAUGCACUCACGACUGUCGACAACUGUGGGCUUCAACUUUUAUCUCUUAAUUCUUGUAUGCUUCAAGAUGCUGGUGUGCACUACAUCUGCCAAGCACUGGAAAACGAGGAAUGCAAACUUACAAAUUUACAAAUCUCAUACAACGGAAUUGGUAGAGAAGGUGUGCAACAUCUCUGCACGGCAUUGACUAAUAAAAAUUGUAAACUUCGUAAUCUUGGAAUAGCUGGCAAUAACAUUACGAGAACAGAUGUGCAACGUAUUCAUGAAUCUGUGAAAUAUGCACAAAGAGAGAAUCCUGGUCGUGUUAGACUAGUGACAUUUAGUUAAUUAAUUAUUGAAACCUGUCCGGUUCAGGUAUUUUUUUAAAGUACAGAAACAAAAGCAGACCCAGCAAUUGAAGACGUUUCGCUUGUGAAAAUGCCUUUUAUAUUAUCUAUUCUGACGUUAAAUUUUUUCAUAAAUUUUAGUUACAAAUACUAUUUUUGUAAUAAGUUAGGAAAGAAAUCUUAUGAAACCCAGAAGGAAUUGAAAAAAGACCAUUCUACUUAGGGGCUGUUUAUAUGAGCCCGGCUAACCGGGAUUCAGUGAGGUGUUAAAUGACUUUGGCAAAUGGAAACGGUUUCAUACUUAUAAUUAGAUAAAUCUUCUCGAAAAAUUUCACAGUAUUCUAUAAUUUAAUAACUACUAAUUUAAUAAAACAUUUAAAAUUGAAA